UGACUGUUUCGUAAGUGGGCAGAGUUCCCUUGGGGGAGGGAGGGGAAGGAGUGGCCUCCUCACCCUACGGUCGGGUCAGCCCGGCUCCUGGCCGAGCCGCCGCCGCGGUAUUUAGGGCGAGGCCGGAGCCGCCGUUACCGAUAGCCCGAGUCGCCAUGAGCUCAGUCCCGGAUCGCCUGGUCCCUCUCAGUGAUGGGAACUCCAUGCCCAUCCUCGGCCUCGGAACCUACGCCAUGGGCCCGUUCGUUAAAGGUGAGACAGUAGAGGCUGUGAAGGCUGCCAUUGAAAUUGGGUACCGCCAUUUCGAUGGAGCGUUGGUAUAUGGCAAUGAAGAUGAAGUUGGUGAAGGUAUUCGGGCAAAGAUAGCUGACGGAACAGUGAAACGGGAAGAUAUAUUUUACACUGGCAAGGUUUGGAUGACUUAUCUUUCUCCCUCCUUGGUCCGAAAAGCCCUGGAAAAGACGCUGAAGACCCUACAGCUUGACUAUGUUGAUUUGUUCAUUAUUCACUGGCCGAUGGGUUUGAAGCCAAGAGAAAAGCUGUGGAUUCCCAAGGACGCGAGUGAAAAGAUUGUUAUAGAGGACGUGGAUUUUUGUGAAAGUUGGUUGGUUAUGGAAAGCUGCAAAGACGCUGGCUUAGUGCGGUCUAUUGGUGUGUCCAACUUCAACCACAAACAGCUGGAAACGAUUCUAAAAAUGCCCAACCUGAAAUACAAGCCGGUGUGUAACCAGGUGGAAUGUCAUCCUUACUUAAACCAGGACAAACUGCUGAAGUACUGUCAGUGCAACAAUAUCGUUCUAGUGGGCUACAGCCCUUUGGGGACAAACAGUCCAAAUAACGUCAGUAGAAAAAGUCCUAUACUUCUGAAUGACCCAGUGCUGAAAAAGAUUGGUGAGAAACAUCGUAAAACAACAGCUCAAGUAGUCUUACGUUACCAAGUGCAACGUGGUGUGGCAGUCAUUCCGAAGAGCUUCAAUCCUGGACGCAUGAAGCAGAACAGAGAGAUUUUUGACUUCCAGCUGAGUGAUGAAGAGAUGGAAGUUAUUAAUGGAUUAAACAAAAACAUUCGAUAUAUUGAUCUUAAAAUGUUAACUGACCACCCCAAGUAUCCAUUCCGUGAUGAAUACUGAUGAGGUCUACAUGUGUUGGAGUGUCUUGGUAAUGUACAAGAGCAACAACACAAGCCAGGAAUGUAUCCGAGAUCUCUUGAAGAAAGGAUACUUGGACAAAGAUGAAUAAAAUCUGAACAGCAUUUGGCA